UAGUAAAUUUUUGUGUUGAAAGUGUAAAAUCUACAUUAUUCUAUUCAAAAUAGGAAAUGGUUCUAACCAUGUUCUAACAUUGUAAAAUAAUAGUGGAUCUAGUAACCGAUUGCAUUGAUGCCCUUAAAAAUACGGAAAAAGUGUAAAAACAAUGUUUGCGUGUUGAAGGACAUUAUUGUUUGUGAUGAUAAUCUGUGGCAGCGCCGGCGCAUCCUUGCCGGCCGCAGUAGACGACCUGCUGGUAGCGGCUACUGAAUCCUGUGAAGCGUUACCACUACAAGCGUUGACGUCAGCUCAAAUAAUUCCCGACCUAAAGUUCGUCGAAUACACAACAGAAGGGAAGAGGCGGUAUCCUCUCACAACCGCCCACCUGCAGGACUUCUCGGGCUCGCAGUUGAUCGUCUACAUCCCGGGCUGGUGGAACACACCGACAGACGAGUCCUCCGACGCCCUCGUCAAAGCCCUGCUAACAAAAAACACCAUAGUUCUCAUACUCGACACACGAGCAUCUUUCGGUCGAGGUUACGUCUCUUCAGCUGUACAAGUUAACGGUUUAGCGCAUCGCGUAUUCAGAUUUUUCAGAAAUCUCUACGUCCAGGGAUAUCCAAUCUCGAAAAUACAUUUGAUAGGUUUUAGUUUAGGCGCGCACGUCGCAGGCAUCACCGGGAAGUUGGUGCAGAAGAAAUUAAACCAAGUAAUAGAGAGGAUUACAGCUUUGGAUCCGGCUAGACCAUGUUUUCUCGAACCAUCGAGGUUCCGGCUUAGGAAGGAGGAUGCUGCGUUUGUGUACGUGUUGCAUACGAGCUCUGGGGUCAUUGGAUUGGAAGACCCGAUUGGACACGUCGACGUCUAUGCGAAUGGCUUGACUUCUAGCCAGCCGGAGUGCAAAGGUAUGAUCAUAACUCUGGAGUGUGACCACGCGCAGGCCUGGAAACUGUAUUCAGCUUCUGUGACGAACAGUUCCGCCCUUAUUGGCCAGAGAUGUCUUGACUGGAAGGAAUUGAAGAACAGUAAAUGCAGCGGAGAUAUAGCUGAUGUAGGAUAUGAUUGUAAUUCAGCAAAUAGAGGAUUGUAUAUUUAUAGGUCGCAAGUGGAAAGCAGAAGGUUAAAGAACUUUAGCCCUUUUGAUUUUUGGUCGUGGUUUCAUAGAUAGAUAGUAGAUACCUAGGUAUAUACAUUUGUAAUUAAAUUGUAAGAUUUAUGUUAUAUUUAAAAGUUUUAUAGAUGUGAUAUUAAUUAAAACUACAUAAAAUGAACAAAUAA